AUACAAAGGGUUAGGUUAUAGUUUAACAUGGAGGAAAGCAAGGAGAAUUUACCCGAAGCUGAAGUUCCUCUUGUUAAAGUAACCCCGGUUACGAAACUCCAGUCCGAAUAUGCGAGUGAUACUCCAUUGAGCAGCGGGGGAGAAGAUGAUGAUGCAAAAGAUUUCUUUGAAACCUUAAAAGAAGACGCAACAUGGCGUGUUCCACCCAAAGAUUUAGAGGAAAAGAUUCGAACUUUGCUUGAGCAUUAUUUCUCUGAUGCUAAUCUUACAAAGGACAAGUUUUUACUGAAGCACGUGAAGCGAAACAAACUCGGCUAUGUUUCCGUUAAACUUUUAACAAGUUUUAAAAAACUGAAGAAUCUUUCAAAGUCUGACUGGAGGAUAACCGCAUAUUGUUUGUCCCAAUCAAAAGUUCUAGAACUCAACAAAUCGGGAACAAAGGUGAGGAGAAAGGAGCCUCUCCCUGACAUUGAUCUUCCUACAUCCUCCAUUAAGACUUUACUUUAUAAACUUCCUGAUGGGAUGGAAGAACCUACCAUUGAUGGGGUUUCUGAACAAUUUCGUUCAUUUGGCGAACUGACCACAGUAAGGAUCAUACGACCUGGUAAAGAAGUUCCAGUUGAUCUUCGUAACCACACAACCAAACAUCCGGAACUUGGGGUUCAAACUUGCGUGGUGGUGGAGUUUGAAUCGACUGAUGCUACUCAUAACGCAUACAAGACGUUAUCCAAACAAGCCCGUGAUGAUAAUAAACCAGACAUGUAUAGCUUAUUGGGUUCUGGUCGUAACCCACGCAAACAACUCCCACAUUCUAAAAGGGACAACGAUAGCGCCGAUGAAUCUCCAUAUCUGAGUUCCAAGGAAAAUAGCCCGAUGGUACGUCGUAAGUUUAUGAAUGGCAGAAGUAACAUGAGACACAGCACUUCACCACUUGUUAGCCCACAAGGAAGUAGGAACACAAGUCCAGAGAGAAACAAUAUUGCAGAGUCUAAAAGUCCGAAGCAGAGUCCAAAAAUGUCGCGAAAAAGUGCUUCGAAUCAUUCAACACCCUCCAGCAGUCCGUGGUUUCCCCGAAAGCAAAGCAGAGAAAACACCCCUGAGGGUAGAGGUAGCCCAUUGUCAAAUAGAAAACAGGUCACACACCCAGCGCAUACAACAUCGCCCCUUGCUAUCAAUAAUAACCUGUUAAGUCCUGGAGAAUCAGUUUCCGGCUCAAGCACGCCAGCUAGUGGCUCAAGUCCAUGGUUACAACGUCGACGACAGUUCGUAGCGUCGCAGGGGAAUUCACCGUCAAGUACCCCGGGUUCAAGCCCCAUGCUUGGUAGGAAGUUUCAAGAUGGGGUUCCUGUGGGGGUUUCCCGGUUACCCAGAGGCCCCCCUAAUCAAACUAGCAAGGGUUUUGAAGUGACCCCUAAACGUUUCAGUAAAGCAGAUAAGAUGCUGAAUGCAUUAAGCGAAGAAGUUACUGAAGUUACGAUUGUGAAUUAGGUUCAUUUAUGCAACAUAGCAGCUCACCUGUGUAUGUGUGGUGUGAAAGUAUAUGCACUUUAUAACAGUAUUUGUUUGUCGUAAAAUAAGGGUGAGCUUAACUACAGCAUUUUAUAAAGCAUUAUUCUAGCUGUAGCAGAAGUUAAAUAUAAAUUACCACAUUCAGUAUUAACCAAAUUAAUAUUUAUAAACACCAUGGUUGGAUUUCCACCAAAACAUAGUUACUUUAUGGGAUAAUGUUACAGUAGUUGAAAUUGCAAUUCACUUUUAAUCAAGAUUGCAACAAAAUCAAUUACUUUGGUAUCUUAAUCAACUUAUAGUUCCUGGAAGCUCUAGUUUAAAUCCAGCCAUGUUGUAUACACCUGUGUUGUAAAUGGCUUCUGAAAAAUUAAACACCAAUUGACAAUUUCCCACCCCUGCUAUAAACAUCACACAAUAGGUGGAGCUGGGUCUAGCUUUUAUUAUGUUUGGUAUUUUAAAGCAGGAAUUGGCAAACUAUGGUCUGGUAUAUGAUAGUUUUCAUACUUUCCUGGCUCACAAACCUACUACCAAUUUAACAUUUAUUCUAGCAGUUUAGGGUUGCAGGCAAACACAAUAUGGUCUUAUGAAAAGGACUCCAUUAUUUAAACUCAAAAGUGGUUAUAUAUAUUGGAUCCAAUCAAUUUUUUACUUUUGUUUUUUUUUUACCAGCAUUGUUUUUUAGAAGUUUGCUCAUUUCUGUUUUAAAAUAUAAACUAAACAUAUUUAUAACUAGCAGCCUAUGAGUAGUUUUGUUUUGAACUAAUCGAAAGCAUGAAUAAGGAUAUUUCUCUGUUGUUGUUCGGUGAGCUGCUAUGUGGUCUAAUCAAUGCUAAACAAUGUUGGUUGUAAAUACACAAGUAUUAUUACCAACAACAACUGCCUUUGUUUCCUAAUAAUCAUGGUGUGGCACUUGUUCCUAUUUCAACGGCUUAGGUGAUUCUUUCUGGUAUUUUAUUGUUGCAAAACUUUUUGCAUUAAUCAUCUGGUACAGAACAUUCUCUAUGUUGUAAAUAUACUUCAAGCCAGAGAA